AUGAAUUCUAAAAGUAUAAGUGAGAUGUUAGAAUCGUCUUUUGAUUAUAGUUCUGUUGACGACUCCGAUGAUGAUCCCAGUUGGGAUAAAAAUGUUGAAGUCAUGUCUACAAGUACUACUUCUAGUAUACAAAAUAAUGGCAGACAUGUGAAUAUAGUGGCAUCAGAUGUUGAAUUAUCCGGAGUCAGUGAAAUUAACAGUGAUGGAAAUGAUCCAGAUUUUGACAUGGUAUCUCAUAUAAGUGCAUCAACUGAUGGUGAUUUUGCACCAACUGCUCGUGGACAAGGAUGCCCAAGUAUUCAUACUAAUGAUCGUCAGUGGAGAGAUGAUGAUAAUGUUGUUGAUGAUUUUAUGUUCAACCCCGAUAUUACAAACUCUGGUAUAAAUCCUGACUUAUUCGAUGUACUAAUGCACGGCUCACCGCUUGAUUUUUAUAUGCUUAUAGUAGAUAGUAAAAUUAUAAAUAAUAUAGUAAUCGAAACAAAUAAAUUUGCUGCACAACAAAAAGAAGCUAAAUUAACAUCACCUUUUGCACGUUUAAAUAAAUGGUAUGAUACAAAUGUAACAGAGAUGAAACAAUUGUUUGGAAUUUUAAUUUGGACUGGCUUAGUUGUAUUACCAUCAUAUGAACUUUAUUGGAGUACUUCUGAAAUAUUUUCUACAAAUUUUGGACUUAUAAUGAGCAGAAAUCGGUUUGAAAUCUUAAUGGGAAUGCUUCAUUUCUCAGAUAAUACAACUGCUGAUACAACAAAUCGUUUGUAUAAACUUGGCACAGUAAUUGAUGAUAUAAUAAUUAAUUCUAACCACUGCAUGCAACCGCUAAAAGAUUUAUGUAUAGAUGAAUCACUUGUAAAAUUUAUGGGUAGGCUUGCAUUUAAGCAAUAUAUUAAAAACAAACGUGAUAGAUUUGGUGUAAAGGAGUUCAAGCUGUGUAUUCCUCCAUGCUACACAAUUGCUUUAAAAAUAUAUGCUGGUAAAGAGGCUAGCCCUGAAAGUAGUGUUGGGACAAAAAUUGUGAUGGAAUUAGGAGAACCUUUUUUGGAUUGUGGAAGGACAUUAUAUGUAGAUAACUGGUAUUCUAGUGUUGAGUUAGCUGAACAAUUAAAAACCAGAAAAACUCAUCUUGUAGGAACUAUUAGAUCUAAUAGAAAGUCAAAUCCUAAAGAUGUAGUCCAAAAAAAGUUAAAAAAAGGAGAAAUAGUAUCAAAGAGAAGUGAUACAAAUGUUUUGAUUUUAAAAUGGAAAGAUAAAAGAGAUUUAUACAUGAUAUCAACAAAACAUACCAGUGAAGCUGUAGAAAAUGUUGUAAGAGGUAAAAUUGUAAAAAAACCUAAAGUAGUAAUAGACUACAAUACAGGAAAAACGGCCAUUGAUCUUUCAGACCAAAUGAGUUCCUAUUCGAACCCUCUUAGGCGUACCACAAAGUGGUAUAGAAAGGUAGCUUUAGAUGCGCUUUUAAACAUAGCUGUUGUUAAUUCUAUGGUAUUAUUCAAUACCAUUACUUCAUCAAAAAUGUCAAUCACCGAUUUCCGUACUUCACUUGUCGAACAAUUACUUAAAAAAGAAACUGUUGAUGUUGACAGCUCUUUGCAAACAAUAAAUCACCAAUUAGAAGUCGUUGGCAAAAGCAGGUGUUAUGUGUGCUAUUCAAUUAUGUCAAAGCGUAAAGGAAGAAAUUAUGCUCAAUCACAUAGCACUAAAGUACAAACUAAAUGCUUAGUGUGUAACAAGUAUUACUGUCUUAAAUGUUUUUUCAAAAAUCAUAAAAUCACAAAGUAA